CACUGCUGCAUUUCUUCAACUCACCAUAACCGGAAAUCGGAAGGGCGAAAAUCAACGGAGUAGAGAAAGGUCGUUGGUCGGACUUUCCGAUUCGUUUGUUUCUUCAUCUAUGUAGCUCCAGCUCCUGAAUUUGCUACUAGGAUUUCGAUCAGGUUUGCUGUCUUAUUGAAACGAGAUGGCAAAUCCCCCGAAUGUUGAGCUGGAAGCUGCAAAGUUUUUGCAUAAGCUUAUUCAGGAGUCAACUGAUGAGCCUACAAAAUUGGCUACAAAACUCUAUGUGAUUUUGCAGCAUAUGAAAUCAAGUGGGAAGGAAAAUUCAAUGCCCUAUCAAGUAAUAUCAAGGGCUAUGGAGACAGUUGUCAAGCAAAACAAUCUUGAUAUUGAAGCUUUAAUGUCAUCACGGCUUCCUUCAAAUGCUGGAAUGCAAGUGGGAGAUUCCUCAUCAUCACAAUUAGCUGGGUCUUCGCAAAGGGCUGGGAUCACUAGGGACUCCAAAGCAGCUUUGUCUGGGACUGAGAUAGUUAAACCAGAUGCAUUUUCUUCUAGCAGGCCACCUAGUGGGCAUGGUAUUUAUCAAGGAUCUGCAGCCAAUAUAAAUGCUGCAAAAAUUCAUGGAGUGGUGCCCAGUGCUUCUAAUUCAUCUCAGCCUGUAGAAUCAGGAAUUUCAAGCCCUUUGCAAUUUGGGAGUCCUUCAUAUGAUAAUCAUGGUUUGGUGGCAAAAAUGCAUCAGGACAGGAGUUCAGAAUCUUUUCCUGCAUCUCCUUCUGCUGAUCUUUCUGCUGGUAAAUGUACCUCUGGAAGGCCAUUAGAGCAUGAAGUAGGAACAAGUAUGUUGGCAAAUGUAAACAACAUGAAUCAGGGCGGAAUGCAGAGCAAUGCUUUGGAAACAAGUAUGCUUAGGAGUGCAACUAUCAGAGACACAGGAAAGUUACCUGUUCCCCAGCCUCCUGCUUCUGGGAACCCGUUUAAGGAACAUCAUUUAAAACAGCUUAGAGCACAGUGCCUUGUCUUUUUGGCUUUUAGGAAUGGUUUGAUGCCAAAGAAAGUUCAUCUUGAAUUUGCACUAGGGAACGCCAUUCCUAAAGAAGAUGGAACUCGAAGGGAUCUGGUUGAUCAGAGAGGGAGGGAGCACUCUGUCAGGGAACAAAGUAAUGCUUCAGAAGCCACUAGGUCAUUUUUAACUGGUAGAGAAGUUGAGAGACUCGCUUCUGGCCCAUCAUCGUUGGGAAUUCCUGGUGAUGUAAACAUGUCAAAAGAAGCUGAGAACCAAAAUGUGAUGGAGGAUAGAGGUUGUCAGCUUUCUGUUUCUUCUGAACACGGGGAAGAUAGGAGGUGUCUGAGGAAGAUGAGAAAGAUUCCAGAGGGCGAAACAACAGUGCAAGAAGGAACUGGAUCACAGGCGUCUGCAUCUAGAUUAUUGCAUCCUGAAUCAAAUUCUUUAGGUGCAACUGAUCAUGAAGAUGCUUCUGCAAACAGUCACCAACUUGGAAUGCCUAACCAAGCUUCGUUUGUUCUGAAUGCGAGCAAGCAAAUGAAGCCUGAAUUGAAUAAUUGGAGUGGAGCAGGAGGCCAGACUGAGACUUCCAGGAGUUUGGCAUCUGCCCCUGCUAUUCUUCAUGAGUCAGGAUCACUAAUAAAAGAUGCCACAAAUCAGUCUCAAAACCCUGUUGAUUACAAUCAAGGAAUUCGACAAGCUGACAAUACUUUCCCUAAUUUUCCUGUAAGGCAGCAAUGGAAAUCUGUUUCAGUGGUUGAUAGCCAGUUUCCUAGUACUGUUGUGAGGAAUGCAGUACCAGCAGCUCAAGAACUAGAUGAGGAGGAGGAAGAUAUUUCUUUAUCCACAGAAAAGCCACCAUCUCCAAGACAUACAACAUUAGAGAAGUGGAUCCUGGAUCGACAGAAAAGGAAACUCCUUUCUGAGAGAAAAUGGGCUCUGAAACAACAGAAGACAGAAGAAAGAAUUUCUGCCUCUUCUGCGAAGCUGAAGGAAAGUGUUAGCUCCUCUGAGGAUAUCUCUGCAAAAACGAAAAGUGUAAUUGAAUUGAAAAAACUUCAAUUGCUGGAGCUACAACGUCGCCUGCGGAGGGACAUUUUGAAUGAUUUUUUCAAACCAAUAACUGCCGACAUGGAGCGCUUGAAGGGAGUUAAGAAAACUAGAAUAGGAAGAAGAUCUAAACAACUCGAAAGGUAUGAGCAGAAAAUGAAGGAGGAGCGUCAAAAGAGGAUUCGCGAGAGGCAGAAGGAAUUUUUCAGUGAGGUUGAAGUCCACAGGGAAAGACUGGAGGAUGUAUUCAAAAUGAAGAGAGAACGCUGGAAGGGUAUCAAUAGAUAUGUGAAAGAGUUCCACAAAAGAAAGGAACGGAUACAUCGUGAGAAGAUUGAUAGGAUCCAACGUGAGAAGAUAAAUCUUUUAAAAAUCAAUGACGUUGAAGGGUACCUUAGAAUGGUUCAGGAUGCAAAAUCAGAUCGUGUCAAACAAUUACUGAAGGAGACUGAGAAAUAUCUUCAAAAGCUUGGAUCAAAGUUAAAGGAGGCUAAGGGCAACACUGGGGUGGUAGAGGAGGAUGAAAUUGCUUUUGAUGAAGAAGAUGAAACAGACCAGGCCAAGCAUUAUUUGGAAAGCAAUGAGAAAUACUAUAUGAUGGCACACAGUGUUAAAGAGAAUAUAGCAGGGCAGCCGACUUGUCUUGUAGGAGGAAAAUUAAGAGAGUACCAAAUGAAUGGCCUGCGGUGGUUAGUUUCACUUUAUAAUAACCAUCUCAAUGGGAUUUUAGCUGAUGAAAUGGGCCUCGGUAAAACAGUCCAGGUUAUUUCUUUAAUCUGUUACCUAAUGGAAACAAAAAAUGACCGAGGUCCCUUUUUGGUGGUUGUGCCGUCUUCUGUCCUACCUGGUUGGGAAUCAGAAAUAAACUUCUGGGCACCUAGCAUCCAUAAAAUAGUUUACUCGGGACCACCCGAAGAAAGACGAAGGCUUUUCAAGGAGAGGAUUGUUCAUCAGAAAUUUAAUGUUUUAUUGACAACAUAUGAGUAUUUAAUGAAUAAGCAUGACAGACCGAAGCUAAGUAAAAUACAAUGGCACUACGUUAUAAUUGAUGAAGGACAUCGCAUAAAAAAUGCUUCAUGCAAGUUAAAUGCUGAUUUGAAGCACUAUCGUAGUAAUCACAGAUUGCUGUUGACAGGAACACCUUUGCAGAACAAUCUCGAGGAGCUAUGGGCACUGCUCAAUUUUCUCUUGCCAAAUAUUUUCAAUUCUUCAGAAGAUUUCUCUCAAUGGUUCAAUAAACCAUUUGAGGGUAAUGGUGACAACUCUGCUGAUGAAGCUUUACUCUCUGAGGAAGAGAACCUUUUGAUCAUAAAUCGUCUUCACCAAGUUCUGCGGCCAUUUGUGCUUCGAAGAUUAAAACACAAGGUUGAGAAUCAAUUGCCUGAGAAGAUUGAGAGACUUAUUAGAUGCGAGGCUUCUGCAUAUCAAAAAUUGUUGAUGAAGAGGGUUGAAGAAAAUCUUGGUGCAAUUGGAACUUCAAAGGUUCGAUCUGUUCACAAUUCUGUGAUGGAGCUCCGCAAUAUAUGCAAUCAUCCGUGGCUUAGUCAACUUCAUGUAGAGGAGGUUCAUGAGUUUAUUCCAAAGCAUUACUUGCCAUAUGUGGUGAGACUUUGUGGGAAGCUUGAGGUGUUAGAUAGACUACUGCCGAAGCUGAAGGCCACAGAUCAUCGGGUCUUGCUGUUCUCAACAAUGACUAGGCUUCUUGAUGUGAUGGAGGAGUAUCUCUACUGGAAACAGUAUAAGUACCUUCGCUUGGAUGGACAUACAUCCGGGGGUGAGCGAGGAGCCCUUAUUGAAAAGUUCAAUGACCCUAAUUCUCCAUAUUUUAUAUUUUUGCUAAGUAUCCGUGCUGGGGGUGUUGGAGUGAAUCUUCAAGCUGCUGAUACAGUGAUAAUUUUUGACACCGAUUGGAAUCCACAGGUUGAUUUGCAAGCACAGGCAAGGGCUCAUAGGAUAGGACAAAAGAAGGACGUUCUUGUUCUUCGAUUAGAAACAGUGCAAACGGUGGAGGAACAAGUAAGAGCGGCUGCAGAGCACAAACUUGGAGUCGCUAAUCAGAGCAUUACUGCAGGCUUCUUUGACAAUAACACAAGUGCGGAGGAUCGAAGAGAAUAUUUGGAGUCCCUCCUCCGGGAAUGCAAAAAAGAGGAAGCUGCACCUGUGCUAAAUGAUGAUGCUCUAAAUUAUCUUAUUGCACGCAGUGAGUCAGAGAUCGACGUGUUUGAAUCAGUUGACAAAAGGAGGCAAGAAGAAGAGAUGGUAACAUGGAAGAAAUUGUGUUCAGAAAAGGGGGCAGAAAAUUCUGAGUCUGUUCCUGCUUUGCCUUCUCGACUUUUGACAGAGGAAGACUUAAAAUCAUUCUAUGAAGCAAUGAAAAUAUCUGAUACACCAACUGUGAUACCAAGUACUGCGGUAAAGCGGAAAGGUCAGUAUGUUGGAGGUCUUGAUACCCAACAUUAUGGACGGGGAAAAAGAGCUAGAGAGGUGCGUUCCUAUGAAGAGCAAUGGACGGAGGAGGAAUUUGAAAAAAUGUGCCUUGCUGAGUCUCCUGAAUCCCCAGUUGCAAAAGACGAAAUGUCAGAAAAGAAAUUGCCCACAAGUAGUAGCUCUACCAUGGCCAUUGCUGAAGAGCAAGUUCUACCAUCCCUCCAGUCUUCGCAACAGAGUGAACAGACUCCAGUACCUAUUGUUCAACACAGCACAGAGGUUACCCCACCUUCUAAACGUGGCCGUGGGAGGCCAAAAAGAACAGUGCCAGUUGCUAAUGUUUCUCCGUCACCUAUUACAUUACCUGCAACCAAGGAAAGUGAUGAGGUGAUUACAGGGUCCAAUAUACAAAAUGUUUCUAGCUGUCCAGUGACUCUUGCUCCUCGUCCAGAGUCUAUGCCUGGUUCUUCUGUGGAAGGUGUGACUGGAACCAUCCAACAGAAUACUACAUGCAUUACUCCUACUUCUCAGCCCAUUUCUCUUCCAGCUGUUCCUGCUGUUUCUCAGCCAAACCCCCCUGGUCAUCCCACCUCUGGUCGAGGCAGGGGACGUGGUCAAGGGAGAGGUCGAAAAUCUCAAAUUGGAGAAGCCCCAAGGCGCCGGGGUAAAAAACAGAAUACAAUAAUACAAAGUGUUCCUGUUUGUCCAGGCAAUCCUGACACUGUAACACAAACAGUGAAUGCUUCAAGUUCCUCCAGAACUAAUGAUCAAGAUCCAGUUCCCCAUUCUACCACUGAGGUGGAAACUGGUAAGGGACAAAGUUCCGUAUCACCUGCUCCGCCUCCAUCUGUUAGCAAGGAACCAACUAUCGUUUCGGCUCUUCCUGUUGUUGCACCAUCUUCGACAAGCAAGGAGCUGAAUUCUGUUUCACCCAUUCCUCUGGCUUUGGCUUCUACUGGCAAGGAUGAAAACUCAGUUUCACCUGCUCCUAUUAUUGCAUCUUCUGCCAGUAAAGAAUCAAGUUCACAUUCAGCUGUUCCAGUUAUUUCAUCUUCCCCUGCAGCAAGCAAUUCUAGAACAGGUUCUGAGAGAGCACCAAUUACUCCCUCUCCAUCGCUUCUUGGUUCUGUUUCUUCAGAUAAUUCUUCCACCAUGGGGGUUGUCGGUAAGCAAGAUUCUGGUAAUCAGCUAGCUCUUACUUCUGGACCAGCAGCACCAAUGCCUAUAACAAAUACAGGUCUUCAUGCUUCUGCUCCUACACCUGCCCCCAAGCAAGGUAGAGGACGUGGGCGAAAACCUCAGACAGGAGGGGAGGCCCCUAGGCGAAGGGGAAAGAGACAGGAUUUGGCUACAAAUGUUGGUUCUGAAGUAUCAGCUAAUCAGAUUUUAGAAUUAAAUGAACCCCCACAUAAGAAGUCCAGGGUGUCUGUUGGGAGGAAGCCCACCACCCGAAGCAAUCAGGAAACUGAAGCUUCACUGCAGACAAAUUUACUCAAUCCUGUUACAUCUCGAAUAACUGAAGAUCAUGGUAGCAAAGAAGUUGAGGAACAAAGGGCUGUCAAGUCAGAUCCAUCUCAAACUCAUGAUGCCAAAGUGAAUGAUGAUAUGAGUACAAGAAAAGAGCUCCAUUCUGAGACUCAAGUAUUGGAAAGAGAAACAGAUGAGAAUCUGAGAGGUGAAGCAAAUAAAAGUGAGUCAAGGAAUGAUAUUAGUGGAAAUGUAUCAAAAGUUGCAUCUGAAAGUUGUUCAAAUGCUGUUCAAAGUGCCGAAAUUAAGCAUGAUUCAGUGUUGAUGAAGGAUGGACUUCCUCAGCAGAUUGAAAGUCAAAAUUCUUUUAGGGUUGAGUUAGGCAGUUCCAAAUCUGGAACAGAAACUGAUAAUUCCAAGAUAAAUGUUGGUAAGAAGGCAAUACAGACUGCAUCAAUUUUGGAAUCAACUGCUGUGGUUGGCAAGCCUGCGAAAGAAAAAUGUGAGGGCCAUUCUGGGAAUAAAGAUGAUGAAAAGGAAGAACAGAGACUGGCAACUGUAGUCGGCCCUCUGGCAUCUUCUCAAAGCAAUGCUGAACCUGCAACUAUACAUACUCACAAAACUGAAGUUGAUACAAUUGCAGUAGUCAAGAAGGAUGUCUCAUCUAAACCUAAAUCUGUAGAGACUAAAUUGAGCAAGUCUCGAAAGAUUAAAAAAGGGACUAGAACUUCUUUAUGUGUCUCGGCCAAUCCCUCUAUUGAGGUUAACAAGGUGGAAAGCUUGACAGAAACUCUUGUUACAGCUUCAGGGUCUGAAUCUAUUAUUCCUGAUGAUCUAGAUCAGAAAGGAGAUAGUGAAUUACCAGUAGGCAAGACUAGUGCUACAAAUGGGGCUCUUGGACUGAAGCCUGAGUCUAUUGUUUGUUCAAGUUUGCAGAAUAAGUCCUCAGCUUCUAAAACUCCAGGCGAAGUAGAUCCUGUUUUGGGAUGUAAUCUUGAUAUGUUGGAUGGGGAUAAAAGUGACACUAGCAAAAUAGAGAGUGACAAUCAUUCUGCAAAUAACUCCAUUGAUUCAAAACCUGAAGUGACUGUGGAUGAAAAUAAUCCUGAUAAAGUGGAUAGAAAAGAACUGGACCCACAAGAUCCUGUUCUGGAGGUGGCUCCUAUCUCAAAGCCAAAGGGGACUGACAAUCUGGAUGGCAUGACAUCCUCCAUUUUACCAUCUUCUGAGGCAGAUGUUCUUGUUAGUGUAUCUCCACAAACAGAAUUGGUGAUUCAAUCUUCAGUACAGUCAGAUGUAGGACAGGGAAUGGGUUCUCUCACAAAUGAUUCUUUGGCACAAGUUUGCAAGGUGCCUGAGACAAAUCCUCUUGCAGAUUCAAGUGGCAUUGAGAAGGAACAAACUCCAACUAUGCAAACUAAUGAACUGCAGUCUGAGAGGCAAACCACAGUUGCCAAGUCCCUCUCAGAUAAGUCUGACAAUGAUCAUGAUGUGCAAGCUCCAGAGAUAAAAAGUGGUGUUUCUGAAGAUGGGGCAAACCCAGAAACUAAUGAAUCACAACCUAGUCCAACUUUGCAUACUAGCGAAUCUCAUUCAGAGAUGCAAGUUACUGUUGCUGGAUGCCCGGUAGAGAAUUCUGAAAGGGAUCAUACUGCAGAAGCUCAGGAGAUUGAAAAUAAUGUUGACAUGGAAUCUCAACCCUGUCAAAAUUUACAAAGUAGUGCUUGUCAAUCAAGGCCACAAACUAGUGUUGCUGAAUCCCCCAUAGAUAAGUCUGAUAAAGAUCAUUGUGCACAAGCUCAGGAAACCCAAAAUGAUGUCUGUGAAGAUGCAAUGACCCAAGAAAGAAAUGUCUCCCAAAUUGGAACAGAUGAUAAGGAGAACAUUUCUAAUGCUGAUGAUGCUUUACUUCAACUUCCUGUGGUCUCUGAAUCUGAAACCAAAUCAGUUGUUGAAUCAUUUGAAGUUUCUCUAAAUCCAUGUAACAUUGAGAAGAAUACAUCUUUGGCUGUGCAAGCUUCUGAAAGUUUAGAGCCUGCAAGAAUAGAGCCACAGUGUGAGUCUGACAAAGAUUUGGUUGCUGAAAUUGAGGAGAGCAAGAGUUCGGAUGUAGCCAAUUCAAACCAGGUUAUGAAGGAAAACAUUGAAAGAAUUCCUAAUGAGGUAGCCACUUCAGACGAUGCAUCUCAACCUUGUGUUAUGGAAAUAUCUGAACACGAGACAGAACAACAGGUUGUGAUGGAAGACAUGGAACGAGUUUCUAAUGAGGGGGCCACUACGGACAAUGUUACACUUGAACCCCCAGUUGAAUCCCAAAAUAGCCAAGGGUCCAAAAUGGCUGAACAUGAGGUGAUAUCUGAAUUGAGUGAAACUCAAUACAAUCCUGCCUCUGCAACAUCAGAAAAUGAGGCUGAAGUCCAUUGCUCUACAGAGAACCAAAGCAAGAUAAACACUGAUGUAAUUUUGGGGGAUAUUAAAUGUGUUGAGCCUAAAAGUUCUUCUGUGGAUGACCAUGCAGUAGAUGAACCAGAGAGCAAAAAGUCUGAUGCAAAUAAAGAAUUGCUUUUGUCUGCAGAGAACCAAAUGAAGAUAAACACUGAGGUAAUUUCUGGGGAUAUUCAAGGUGUUGAGCCAAAAUUUUCUUCAGUAGAAGGCCUUGCAAUAGAUGUACCACAGCCAAAAUUUUCUUCAGUAGAAGGCCUUGCAAUAGAUGUACCACAGAGCCAAAUUUCUAAUGCAAAUGAAGGUAUUUCAAAGCCUGAAGUAAAUGAAGGUGAACAUGCUACUGCUGUUGACGCAUCUAAUAAUGACUCAGAAAUAGAGUGCAUCUCUGAUGAUUUAGUAACAGUAACUUCUAAAGGGGCUACUUCAAUUGGAGUUGUUGGGGCAGGAGAGAAGUCUGAGGUAGAUGAAGAUACUUCAUACCAAUUACCUAGUGAAUCUAAAUGUAGUGCUGCUCCUUGGGCAUCUGAAGAGGACUCUGAAGCACAACAGAUCCCUGAGAAUCUGGAGAUAGUUGAAGUUAGAGUUGUGACAGCAGCAGAAAAGUCUGAAAAUCCCUGUGGGGAGGAUUCUGCAGUUCAAGUACAAGAGAACCAAAGAUCAGAUAAAACUAAUGACCUUUCAAAUUCUGAAAUUAGUGAUCCUCAACAAUAUAUUGCUGCUGAGGCAUCUCGAACAAAGCAGAUUGCUGAGAAUGUGGAAACUGAAUCUGUUAGGCAGGCUACUUCAGUUGACUCUGGAUUUGUAGCAGCAGCAGGAAACUCUGAGAAUCCAUGCGGGGUAGAUGUUGCCAAUGAAGUACAAGAUAACCAAAUUUCUGAUGGAAAUAAGAAUGUUUCAAAAAUUGAAAUUAGUGAACCUAGUAUUGCUGCUGGGGAUUCAGAAAUUGUAUUUGAAAUGAAGCAGAUCUCUGAGAGUGUGGCAACAGAAGCUGUUAGGGAGGGUACUUCAGUUGAAGUAACUGCAGAGGAGAAAUCUGAGAAUUCAUGUCAGGAAGAUCUAGCACCUAAAGUGCAAGUGGAGCAGGACAUUGAUGGUAAUGAACAUAUUUCUGAUCCUGAAGCUGUUGAAUCUUCAAUGUCUACUGUUGCUGAGGCAUCUGAAGUUAAGACAGAAAUGAAAUAUACAUCUGAGAAAUUGGAAGCAGAAACUGCAAAGGAGACUACUUCAGUUGAUUUUGCAUUUAUAGCAGCAGAGAAUUCUGAGAAUCAAAUUGGGGAAGAUAUUUUGGUUGAGGUACAGGUAGUCAACAAAAAUAAAGAUAAUUUGAACCCUACUGAACCUGAACCUUGUAGUGCCACUCAGGCUUCAGAAGUUGAAUCCAAAAUGAAGCAGAUCUUGGAGACUGUGGAAACAGAAACAAUUUUAGAUGAUACUUCAGUUGAAGAUGUCACUUUAGUAGCAGCCGAAAAUUCUCAGAUGAUAUCCGAGAACAUGGGUAUAGAAACUGUUAGGCAGUCUACUUCAGUUGACUAUGCAGUUGUCAAAGAAGCAGGUAGCUUUGAGGAUCCAUGUGGGGAAGUACUGAGGAACCAGGUAUCUGAUGAAAAUAAAGGUACAUCAAACACUGGAAUUGCUGAACCUGAACCUAGUACUACUUUUGGGGCAUCGGAAACUCAUUCUGAAAUGAAGCAGAUCUUUGAGAUUGUGAAAACAGAAACCAUUAAGGAGGAUACUUUUGUUGAAGUUGGCACCUUGGCAGCAGAAGAAAAUUCUGAGAUGAUCUCUCAUAACACAGAAAAAGAGAUUGCCGGGGAGGCUUCCUCUGUUGAUGAUAGAGCUUUGGCAGGAACAGAAAUUUCUGAAAAUCCAUCCCAGAAAGAUUUUAUGGUUGAAGUACAAGAGAAUAAAAAAUCGGAUGGAAAGGGACAUGAACCCACUACUGUGGCAUCUUGUAAUGAGGUGGAAAUCAAGCAGAUUCCUCAGAACUCUGAAAUGGUUACUGCUAAGGCGGUUACAUUACUUGAAGCUGAAGCUGCUGAAGUUCCAAAUGAGAACUUGGAAAAAAUUCCUGAAGACUCUGCAAUUGAAGUCCCAGAAAAAUUUUACGAUGCAAUUGAAGAUGUUUCCAAUCUUGAAAGUAACGAAGACCAAAACAGCCCAGUUGCUGGAACGUCUGUAACUAAAGAUGAUUUUAUUCAGAUGGCUGUUGAAACUUCAGAAACAGUUACUUUCAAGGAGACAGUUUCAGAUAUUUCUUUGGCUACAGAUCUCAAGGGAGAUAUUUCAUUUGAAAAGCCUGUUGAUGGCUCUCAUGGGAUUCAUUCAAUUCCUUGUAUUAAUGAUGAUCCAAUUUUAGAAUCAGAUGUAGGAGACUGCUCCAAUGCUGCUGAUGAAGGCUUGCCAUCUGCUGUGGAGGGUGAUGAUAAGGACUUGUCCCACCAAUGACUGAUUUUUAUCUCCUCACGUUUUGUCAUUUGAGAUGGAUAUCAUCCAGCAAGAGCUCAAGUAGAUAUCAAUCUUACAGUUAGAAUAAUUUUGCAAGGGUGUGGAUAGAUGAAUAGAUAUGGAUGCGCAUGUUUUGGAGCUACCUAAUUGCUUGUAGAUCCUAAGAAUUAGAUAGAAUGACCAAAGUAUGUGUAACUUUUAUGUAUUAUCUGUAAAAUAGUGGUGUAAUUAUAUAACUUCCAGACACAAAUGCCAGAAAAUCCUUUGUACCAACAAAUAGCAUUAUUAACUUAUUGGUAUCCAAUGGAAGCUAUGCUUCUCUAGUCAUGA